ACCAUGACGAAGCUGUCCAGAUGGGAUACCAACCGGAGUACAUCCCACUGGAGCUGUGUACGCACGUGAUCUUCAAAGCGUUCAGCUUUCCGACCUUCGUCGCUCGCCAGAUGCUGUUCAACGACAAAGACAAGAUAGAUUUUAGUCGGCUUCUCUAUAGUGUGCGUUCGCGAUCGAAUACGGUGCGUGUCGUUGCGUCAAUCUUCGGAACAGCACGCGAUUUCACGGCUACAUCAGCAACGAUCGUGCGUCGGAAGGCGUUCGUGCUGGCUGUAGCCUCCUUGCUGCUAGAGAUCGAUGCCGAUGCGAUCGAGCUGAACUGGAAGUGCCCUGGUAGUAGCAAUGCUGGCUGUGGAAGUGGGCUUGAUCGCUCGACAAUGAUAACACUGCUGCAGGAUCUACGGCAAGCGAUAAACUCGGCCAGCAAUCACAUCGCAGGACGCCCUCGGGAGCUAUGGUUUCGGGGUUCGUUACACCCGAAUGCGCUGCAAGAGGCGUACAACAUUUAUGACGUGUGUGAGCUAGUUGAUCACAUCACGUUGGAUCCCAACACGGUUGCAGAUCUUGGCGGUGUGCAUGCUCCAUUGCAGCGUAAACCUAUAGUAUUUCCGAGUGUUUUUGGAAGACCACAAGAGGUGAUUAACGAUAUGACUGGUUUGCAAAUGAAUACCCAAACAUGGAUCGACGAAGGAUGUCCUCCAAAGAAACUGCUGUUUGGCGUUGCCAUAAAGGGUGUUCGAAAAACGUACAUGAAGCAACCUAGUUGGUUUCCUGGAGGAAAAUCGCAUUUUGGAAUUGCAGAUGAUACGACAUCCAUGCCAUAUAAUGAGGCAUGCCGGAGGAUUCGUGAAUCUGGAUGGAGACACGAGUGGGACCAGUACGGUGCGAUGCCAUUCACGAAACGAUCAACACGAGAUAAUCGUGAGGAGGAGAUCAGCUAUGAGGACCUGAACUCGCUUCGUUACAAGAUGGACAUGGUGCAGCAGAAGCGGUUAGGUGGAAUCUACUUCGAUUCCGUGCACUCGGACGACAUUUACGGCUGGUGUGGUCAACCGUACGCCCUUACGGCUUACCUCUCGAGCCGUGUACGAUCGAUACCGUCAGAUAUCGGCUUUGCCAUUGAGUGGAACUGA